CCUUGAAAAAAAAAAAAAAAAAAUUAUAUUCUAUAAAUAAAUUUAGAAAUCAUGCAUAUAAAUAAAAGAAGUUUAUUCUGCCUUUAAUUUGUACAAAGCCGCGUGCUCACAAUCUCUCAGACCCUCACUCGCCAAGUCGCCGGCGUCUGUUUUGUUUCGCUCAUAGGCACCGUCGUCGUCAUCUAUCCUCACUCAGUUCGCCAGCCAACAGCCUAUCCGUCUCAUUUUUCUCAUAGUAAAAGGAGGUUUUUUUUUUCUUUUCUUUUUUUCCCCUUUUUUCUGCAUUUGUUUUUGGGGGUUUUCGACUUUUGUAGUUGCUUGAUUUGCAAGAUUUUAUUUUUUUUGCAAUUUUGGGUUUUCUUGGACUUUUCAUGUUGGGUUUUCUAAAUCAAUCUUGAAUUUUGAAUUUUGACUGGCCAAUUAAUAAAAGAACCACCCAUUUAUUGGCAUCAAAGAAGAGAGAUAUAUAAGAGUAGAGGGAAAAAGAAAAAUAAAAAUAAAAGAUGUUCUUCCAUAUAGUAAUGGAGAGGAACAUGCAGCUCCACCCACGACACUUCGGUCGUAACCUCCGGGAGAAUAUCGUCUCCAAGCUCAUGAAAGAUGUGGAGGGCACUUGCAGUGGAAGACAUGGUUUUGUGGUAGCAAUAACAGGAAUUGAGAACAUCGGGAAAGGACUGAUUCGUGAUGGCACAGGUUUCGUGACAUUCCCAGUGAAGUAUCAGUGCGUUGUGUUUAGACCAUUUAAGGGAGAGAUCUUAGAAGCUGUUGUAACUAUGGUAAACAAGAUGGGUUUCUUUGCGGAAGCUGGACCUGUUCAAAUCUUUGUUUCAAACCAUUUGAUUCCAGAUGAUAUGGAGUUCCAAUCUGGGGAUAUGCCAAACUAUACAACUUCAGACGGAUCGGUUAAGAUUCAGAAGGAUAGUGAAGUGAGAUUAAAGAUAAUUGGAACUCGUGUAGACGCUACUGAAAUUUUCUGCAUUGGUACCAUAAAGGAUGACUUCUUGGGUGUAAUAAACGAUCCUGCAACAGCUUAGUGGAUAUCACGGCUUUCAUAAUCUCUUUCCUUAGCGGCUACAAUGUUUGAAUAGCUAUAGAAUUCUGCAUUUCUUAUGGCACAGGGAAACAAAAAUCUAGUGCCCUGAUCUCUUGUUAAGAAUUUGUAAUAGUGCUUUGAUUGUCUAAAGACCUGAGUUUUUAUGCAUAGUAUUUUUCUGAAAUGGAAGUGGGCUUUACUUUAAUUUGUUGGUAAAUACUUUCCAUUAUUUAAAUGGAACUAUUUGUCAAGAUGUAGUCUUGUUAAGUUAGUUGUUAAUAAUAAUGAAGAAAAUUAGUAAA